UUUGCCUUUGCACACCAUCCUCGACCAGCCCCAACCCCCUUGUACGGUGAAAUGAAGAAACUUGAACUUCAAGUUGUGGGUCCACAUAGGAGGUGGCGGUGCACGGAAAACAUAGAGUCCGCGUGGGUGUUGCUGUUGCUACCAACUCUCGUUGCUUGGUUGCCUCGGCUGCGGCUUCCCCACUGUCACACCUAAAUUCAUAGGCAGCACGCCUACCACGCUCUCUUCCCCCGACAUCCUCUACGGCACCCGCAAAGCAACCAAAUAAUAUCUUAUUCCAUCACAUAUUGGCAAAAUGCGCGCCUCCGCACUUUCUAUCCUCUCCCUGGCUACUCUCUGCGCGGCGGCAGGCCACGAAGACUCGGCGGUCCGCCGGCACCACCAUGCGCGUAACGCGGUUGGGCGGGACGAGCACGACGCGCGCAACGAGGGCCAGCAGCUGUCGAAGCGUACGGAUGGGCAGUUCACGUACUACGCGGCGGGCAUGGGUGCCUGUGGCCAGAUGAACCAGGCUUCUGACUUUAUCGUCGCACUUAACCAGGGGAUGUGGGAUGGCGGCGCACAUUGCUUCAAGAUGAUCACCAUCACCGUCAAUGGCAAGUCCACGCAGGCGCAGAUUGUGGACGAGUGCCCUGGGUGCGAAUAUGGCGGCCUCGAUUUCUCCCAAGGCCUCUUCGAGUACUUCUCGAGCACCGAUGCAGGUGUUCUGCACGGCUCUUGGGAGUACGGCGACGGCGCGCCCGCGACCACGAGCGAAGCCCCUCCGCCGCCUACGACCACCUCGACCUGGCAGGAGCCGUCCACUACCUGGACCCCGACCUCGACCUGGACGCCGGAGACGACGUCCACGUGGAGCUCGACCAGCGAGUGGAGCAGCUCCUCCAGCAGCAGCUCCAGCGAGUCGAGCAGCUCGUCGUCCUCGUCAAGCAGCAGCGCGGAGCCCACCUCGUCCAGCGCGUCCUCGACCGCGUCGUCCUCCGCGGCCUCCGCGUCCGCUACGGCCACCUCAGGCGGCACGAUCGAGCAGAUGAACCUCCUCGUUCUCCAGCUGGGCGGUGUCGUCGUGCAGGCUGCCGAGUCCGACUGAGGUGCAGCGCCGCUGCUAUAGAGGAGCCAUCCUUGGACUUCACCCGCGCGGAAUGUGGGAUACGGACGAUUGAAGAUACCCGGUAGAUAUGCAGGUCGGUCUUUAUAUGGUGUGCCUGUCCUUUAAAUCAUGUCGAUGCCAUGUUGUUGCUCUGCA